GUUCAUGUACAGCAGCAUACACACCGAGUCAUAAGCAAACUAGAUGGUCAUUUGAUAUACAUCAAGGACCGUUCAUUCAUUCAGAUAUCCAGGAACCGAAACCACCAUCUUUAGGCCAACCGCCCCAAAACGUAUUGUACAAUACAACUUACCAAUAUACUUAAUAUAUAAACGAACGAAGUCACGGCAACACUCUAGAGAGUUAGCAGCAAACGUAACCGAAUUCCGGUACCAGGUCAGUUCCUUGAAGGGUUGAAAGGUUAUCGUCCUUGAAGACUGACAGGAGGGUAUAUCAGACACGACAAUGGACCCAACUAUGAUGAGUUCGCAGAUGGGACCGACGCCGUUCUUCUAUUACACACCAGACCCCAACCCGGAGAACAGGCACCACGGUCACUUCAGUCAACAGCCCGGCUUUCAACAGAUGCAACAACAACAGGUAUUCCCUAUCGUACCUACGUUGCCGUCGACGCCGAUCUACUCCAGGCCAAACUCGUCUUGCUCACAACAACCUCUGCCACCCAAGGUGUUCGGUGCCGUUCCCAGUAAUAUGACUCCUAUGGCAUCGCCUCAAGCGACACAACGACCAGCCAUGCUAUUACAGAGCCAGCCUAUGAAACUAGCCUUGGAGACUGAGCUCUGUGAUCAUGACGGUUUCUACUACCCGGCUACACCGCCCCUAUCAACGUCGGGUAGCUCAAUGGGUAGCCCAUGCAACACGAACGAUAUGUUAGCCACACCGCUAAACCCCAUGUUCUCUGGGUUAGACGGACUUGACGGAUGCGAGAUGGUGAAGACUGAUAUUGAGACCAUGCCGGAAAGCUUGGAGAAUUUGGACUGGGCCAACUGUGGUUCACCUCCAUUAACACCUGUUUACCUGCAAUCUCAAUCGCAAUCUUCUCAGGUACAUUCACUUAAUUCCAGCUUCUCCAACGAUCACCUUUCGCCUACUUCCUGCCCUUCUCUAUCACCGUCACCCUCUCCAUAUGCACGAUCAGUUGCAUCGGAACAAGACAUUGAUUUCUGCGACCCUCGGAAUUUAACUGUUGGCGGUGUAUCGAACCCCACAUUAUCAUCCGAGUUCAUUGCCCCUGUCGCAUUAGAGGAAUUCAGGGGUGACGCUCUCCAAAAACAAUCUCUCCCUGAUAACUUCGAUUUCAGCUCUGACCCUCAUCACGGACUUCCUACUUUUGAGGAUAUCUCUGAUUUGGAAUCUGAGGACGACUUUGUUAACCGUCUAGUCAACAUUGGCGAGCAUUCUGGUGCCGACGCCAAGAGACCGCGUUCUGGUACUUGCUCUACUACUCUGUCUUUGGGUCACGAGUCGUUCUUUGCUGAGAGCGAUUUUGACACUGAGGACACAGCAGCUACUGGUGUUUCCUGCUGCUCUAGUUCAACAGAGUCCGAUUCGCACAAGGAUAAGAAGGUAAAGAAGGCAAAGAAGGAAUCGCGCAAGGCAGUUCCCGUCAUGAAUGUUGCUGCUGAUUCUAGCUCUGGUCAGAGCGACGAGCAGCAGCAGCAACAACAAUCGGCCCAAAAUGACACUACUCAAGCCAGCAGCAAUGCCGGAUCAACAUCGGGUUCGAGCGCGCCCACUGCUCUUCCUGCCCCACCCAACCGCCGAGGCCGCAAGCAAUCAUUAACUGAGGACCCUAGCAAGACCUUUGUCUGCGAGCUAUGCAACCGUCGCUUCCGCCGACAAGAACAUCUUAAGCGACACUACCGCUCUCUGCACACGCAAGAGAAGCCUUUUGAGUGUCACGAGUGCGGCAAGAAGUUCUCUCGAAGCGACAACUUAUCUCAACACGCACGCACUCACGGUAGCGGGGCUAUCGUUAUGAACCUCAUCGAUGCCAGUGAAGAGGGACUCGACCUGAUGCAGGCUGGAGAGACAGAUUACGCUAACUACGGAAAAGUCCUGUUCCAAGUGGCAUCCGAAGUUCCCGGUAGCGCUAGCGAUCUUUCAUCGGACGAAUCUCCCAGUGAGAGCCAGGGCAAGAAGAAGCGCAAGCGAUCUGAAUAAAUCGUCCAAAUUCCUCGGGAAGGAUUGAGAUCAGAUUUACACGCCUUGCAGAUCGAUAAGAGAUCUCGGCGUACGCCCACUAAUGAUAUAAUGACUUUCACACAUUCGACCGAUUCCCCCCAACAUAGCGCAUUUAUGGAUCUGGUCUCAAGGCCUAGGUAGAGAGGACUACAAAAGUUGCACUUUGAUUUUUUUCAGCAUCGACUUGUCUUCUUGUACCAUUAUUGUGAAAACAUUUUUUUUCUUCCAAUCACGAUGGUUAUUCAACAAAAAAAAGCUCAAGGGAGAGGCUA